AAACUCCACAGCCUUUCACUAACAGCCUGCAGGAACCUCUCUCCCCACAGCUGCUGCACAAGGCGGUGAGACUGACCCACUGGGCCACGGACAGACCAUGAAGACUCUGCUGCUUCUCUCCAUUCUGGCUGCCCUGGCCGUGGCAGCUUUGUGUUAUGAGUCUCAUGAAAGUAUGGAAUCCUAUGAAAUCAGUCCCUUCAUCAACAGGAGAAACGCCAAUACCUUUAUAUCCCAGCAACAGAGAUGGAGAGCUAAAGCCCAAGAAAGAAUCCGAGAACGCACUAAGCCUGCCUAUGAGUUCAAUCGGGAAGCCUGUGAUGACUACAAACUGUGUGAACGCUAUGCCAUGGUUUACGGAUACAAUGCGGCCUACAAUCGCUACUUCCGGCAGCGCCGAGGUGGCAAAUGAGAUUGGAAAAAGUCUCUUUCCAGAGCCUGGUGCCUGGUUUUGUAUUCCCUUGCAGUAGCAUCACUGAACCAUAUAAACAUACAAAUCGCUUGUUUCUUAAAUGUUCCCAUCUGGCUGCACGCCUCCUUCCUGUUCCCAGAUCGAUACGUAAUGGAAGUGCAGAGCAGUGAAGUUCUAAGGAGAGUUCCGAUGUGCGAUUAUUAACAUAAUAAACUUCUGGUUGGAUACUUCCAUUUUGUAAGCCUGAUUUCUUCUGGAAAAAUGCUAAGAUAUUUAAAUCACGGCCCACCUAACCCAGCAUAGGAGAUUCUGUUAAUGAUGUUCUAGUACUGAUUAGAAGCAUAACUGCAUAGAAAGAAUGAACCUUGGAAGGCAUUCACCCAGCCAUAAUUUGUCUAGUCUCUCUACCUUGGGGUCAGUGAAUGAUUGCUUCCUAUUAGGUGCUAUCAAUGAUUUUCAAACAUAGACGAUUGAUAUUCCUGCUCCUCAACUUUAAAUGGCCCCUAAAUUCCUUCUGUGUGGAUUUCUGACCCUGACCUAAAUGUUACUUCCUAAGAUGCCACAGUUUUGACUCUUACUUAGGCAAGACCAUGUUUAGUUUCAGAAUCGCCGGAGAUUUUUAAAUAAUGCAAUCGUGGAAUUUUGGAGCCAGAAGAUGCUAGAGCUCCAUUUGGCUUGGUUUGCUGACGAGGAAAUGAAGUUCCAGAGUCUUCUGCUUGGCAGUUAGGGGCAGAGGCCAGGGCUUCUGUAACCCAGAUCUGACCUUGCUCUUCUCGGCCAUGAGAACUUGUUCAUGCCCACCCUUUAUAUCCAUUACUUCCGGCAGGCCCCCUGCCUUCAUCGCCUUUCUAUUCCUUAAAAAUUCUGUACAAAACUCAAGCAUUUAUGAAAUCAGUGAUGAUUAAAUCCACCCAGCUUCCAUCACUCUACUGAAGCCAGUAUCCAGCUGUUCAAGAAUUUAUGUAGCGUCAAGUACAAUGUUAUUAUUCAAUUCAUGUUUUGAUUAAAGUUUCUUAUUAUGUA